AUGCCGGGCGGCGCGCUCGGCGAGUUGCUCGCCGAGCUCGGUCAGCGUCAGGCGGCUGGCGCCGGGCACGAACAGGCGCGCGCCGACCGCGGUUUCCAGCGCCGUGAGGCGCCGGCUCAGCGUUGCCUUGGGCAGGUCCAGCUGGCGCGGCCGCCUCGGACAGCGAGCCGGCCUUGUGCACCUGGGCAAGGAGCAGGAGGUCAUCGAUUUUCAUGGGCAGGCGGCUUUGUGUUUCGAUUUCGGAACGGACCGUUUGAUUUUUAUGUCUUUUCCCCGGAAAUGGAACUCUCUACAGUCCGCCCCAUCAUGUCAACGCCCCGUCUGCUGCAACCGCAACGCACGCGCAUCGGCUCCGGCUUCCAGGCCGAGGGCUGGCGGGAGCCGCUGGCGCUGCUCGACCCGUUCAUCAUGGUCGACCACUUCCGCAUGAGCGAGCCGGCGUUCGCGCCGCACCCGCAUGCGGGCUUCUCGGCGGUGACCUACCUGUUCGACGACUCGGCCAGCGGCGUCAUCAGCCGUGACUCGCUCGGCGGCGAGCAUGAAAUCCUGCCCGGCGGCCUGCACUGGACGCUGGCUGGCCGCGGCGUCAUCCACGACGAAUAUCCGAUCACGCCCGGCGCCACGGUGCAUGGCCUGCAGAUCUUCGUGAACCUGCCCGCCGAGCAGAAGCUGCGCGAGCCGACCGUGUUGCGGCUGUCGCCCGAGCAGAUGCCGCGUCGCGUCGGCGAGGGCUGGCGCGCGAUCCAGGUGUUCGGCGGCACGGCGGAACUGACGCUGCCCUGGCCGACGUCGCUGGCCAUCGUCGAUGUCGAUGCCGGUGCACGCUACACGCCCGACGUUGCCGACGGCGAGCAGGGCUUCGCGCUCGUCAUCGAGGGCAGUGGCACGGCCGCCAGCCUGCCGCUGUCGGUCGGCCGCGCGCUGUCCCUGCCGGGGCGGGGCGCCGUGCAGGUGCAGGCGGAGGAAGCCCUGCGCCUGGCCGUCUUCACGGGCCGCCCGCUGGGCGAGCCCCUGGUGCGCCACGGCCCUUUCGUCAUGAGUGACGAGGGGCAGGUGGUGGCCGCCCUGCAACGCUUCCAGACCGGUGGCAUGGGCCGCCUGGCGGCCCGUCCGCUUCAAGAACAACGCUGA